CAUAAAAUAAUUAUCUUAGUUUGGAAAAGUCUAAGAAAAUGGGGUUGAAUAUUAUCAGAACAACCUCACAUUUCUCUUCUUCAUCCAUAACAACCGCCACCACUAAAAUACUGAAUCCCAAAUUUCCAUCUAAAAAUUAUUCUUCUUACCUUAAUUACCCCACUAAUUAUUCUAUACCCAUUUGCUUAAAUACAUCAAAGUUUAGAUCUUUGGUAUCAAAACCUAAAUAUCACGCCAUUUUUUCAACUGGGUUUUCUGGGAAUUUGCAACAAAAAAGCUUGAGGUUUUUAACAAUGGCGGCAGCUCCUGGUUCAGUUCAAAAACCAGAGGAGGAAUGGCGUGCUAUUCUCUCUCCUGAGCGGUUUCGUAUUCUCAGGCAGAAAGGAACUGAACUCCCAGGAACAGGAGAAUACAACAAAUUUAAUGAGGAAGGAAUCUACAAGUGUGCAGGAUGUGAAACUCCUCUAUACAGAUCAACAACCAAAUUCGACUCUGGUUGUGGUUGGCCAGCUUUCUAUGAGGGACUUCCUGGAGCCAUAAAUCGUACUCCUGAUCUCGAUGGUAGGAGGGUUGAGAUUACUUGUGCAGCAUGUGGUGGACAUCUUGGUCAUGUCUUUAAAGGUGAAAGAUUCCCGACUCCCACAGAUGAGCGCCACUGUGUCAACAGCGUCUCUUUGAAGUUUGCUCCAGCAAAUUCUGAUUCUUCUGUGUGAGAGAUUGUUAGUACUGCUGAUUAUAUAAGCUCUGAUAUCUGGUGUUUAGGAAAUGUAGUUUCUGGAGUCCUUAAAUAAAGUCUUGAACAAUUAUACUCUUUCCUUGUUCUGCUAUGAUUUCAUCAUGUUUCUUUGUGUUGAGAAAGCUGGCUGACACUGUAUAUUGUGAUUUCUCAACUUCACCUGACUGGUUAAUGUCCUUAAUUUGAGUAUUAAGUGAGCGUUCUUAAAUCAUGGGAAUGACAACGAAUUUAUAUGAUGUAUUAAAAUUCUCAUGCCAUUAUCUUUGA